AUGAAACCUGUUGAAGCAAGUAAAACGAAAAAUGAGAAUAAAGUAUUUACCAAUUUAUAUGGUGAUUUAAUAUAUGAGAAACCUGAAAAACAAAAAUUUGCGAUAGGUGAUAAAGUUAGAAUUUCAAAAUAUAGAAGACAAGUAUUUGAUAAAGUUUAUACUUCAAACUGGACAGAGGAGAUAUUUGUGAUUGAUCGCAUUAUACCUACCAGACCUGUUACUUAUUCCAUUGUUGAUUUGAUGGGUGAGGCGAUUAAAGGUUCUUUUUACGAACAAGAAUUACAAAAAGCAAAACAACAAACAUUUAGAAUAGAACACGUAUUGAAACGAGAUAACAAAAAGAAAAAAACAUUAGUAAAAUGGAGUGGUUAUUCUGCUAAAUUUAACUCAUGGAUUAGUUUUAAAGAUUGGGUAAAUAUUUAA